AUGGCGGGAUAUGGUGACAGAAAUUCAGCAUCUGGAGCCUCUGAUCAAUUUUCCGGACCCAGCACAAGUGAGGAGUCGAUGACCCUAUCUCACGUAAGAAAAGGAAUUGCUGAGAAUAAGUUGAAAUUGUCUCAUGCAAGAGAACAGAUUACCGAUAUGAAUUUGAAGAUGGAAAAAAGAACGGAGGAAGUGCAGCAAAUGAAGGUUGCGAAGGACUCAAAUGCUUCGGACUACCAAACCAUGGUACAGGCUUCAUUGAAACUCAACGACGAUAUCAAAAACACAAUCUCAAGACUCGAAACUGAACGAGAAAACAGUAAAGAUGUCGUUGACAAGGCUUUGAAGGAUAUGAUGAAGGCGCAACAAGAUGCGGAAAGCGAAAGGCAACAUGUGACGGUGCUCGAAAACGAGCUUGGCAAGAUACGACGUAAAGAGAAAGAUCUGAACUCAGAGUUGCAACAAGUCAGACAUGAUUGGCAUACCAAGGAGGCCGUAUACGUGGAGGUAAACCAAAAACUGAAGACAGAGCUCCAGGACCUACGUAAGGAUCAAGCUCACGCGGCGCAUCAAAUGCUUGUGCAGGACAUUGCAACAAUGGCACCAGCCGCAAGAGACCAGAUGACAAAGAGACUGUGGUGGAUGGUGCAACAAUUAAGUACGGAAGUACUAACAAAAGUGAUGCCAUAUGCUGUGACCACAGUUGCGAGGGAAUCUGUAGCACAAGUCCUGGCUAGCGAGCGCGCGGCGGACAACCAGAGACUAGUUGAAGCACAAUCAAAGCUGAAGAAAUCUAUCGAAGACCUUCUGAGCCGAGAGUUGAAUGCUAAAGAUGCGACAAUUGCAGAAAUACAAAACUCCUUAAAUCUCGCACAGGAAAGAGAGACCAGCCUGCAGCAACAGCUGGAUACGAUGACGGAUGAGCGCAAUCGGUUGGAACCUCAGUCACAGCAGCUCCAAGCAGCGCACGCGAUGGUAUUGGAUCAACUGAAAGCCCGGUUGCAACGGGUUCAAGAGGCGCACGUGGCGGAACUCAUUCGAUUGAAAGCACAGUUUGAGAAGCUCCGAGUAGUACACGAGGCAAAACUAGCUCAACUAAUAGACCAAACUAAUGCGAACAUUCAAGCGCAGAAUCAUGCUGAACUUCAGCAAUUGACUCAACGACACACGGCAGAGCUGAAGGAACAUCAACCAACUUGUGAAUUUUUCAGGAAGAAUAGCGAGCGCUUGUCGAAAGAAGCUUCGAAUAAUUUGGCACUUAUAAGACGACUGGAGAUUGAUUUGGUUGCAAAAGAUCAAGUAAUUGUACAGCUGGGUGGAAGUCGGAGAGGACAAGAUUAG